CGCUUUCUGAUUGGCUAUUGGGGCGAGCACGGGGGCGAUGCGCAGAGUCAGCGCUGUGCUGCGGCGGUGCGGGAGAAGCGCGCGGCGUGUUUCCGGGAGCGACGGAUCGGCGGUAGGGGAGCGGGCGGGUAAGAGAGAGAGAGAGAGAGAGAGAGAAAAAAAGCACGGCGAUGGAAGCCGAGUUUCGGGAAAUUGAUGAAUCCGGGAACUGGAACGCCAUUUACCAGGAAAUCAAACAACAGUCAAGUGAACUGCCCUGCAAGUUUGCCAAACUUCCAGAGAACAGAAUCCGCAAUCGCUACAGAGAUGUCAGCCCAUUCGACCACAGUCGAAUUCACCUUCAGCUCGGCACCAACGACUACAUCAAUGCCAGUCUGAUCUCCGUGGAGGAGGCGGAGAGAAGCUACAUUCUCACUCAGGGUCCUUUACCUAACACAUGUGGGCAUUUCUGGGAGAUGGUGUGGGAACAGAAGACUCGUGGAGUAGUCAUGCUGAACCGUGUUAUAGAGAAAGGCUCGGUGAAAUGUGCACAGUACUGGCCACCGAGGGAGGAACGGGAAGCCAUUUUCAAAGACACAAACUUCAAGCUGACUUUCGUUUCGGAGGAUGUGAAAUCAUACUACACAGUGCGGCAGCUGGAGCUGGAGAAUCUUUCAACUCAGGAAACCAGGGAGAUUCUUCAUUUUCACUACACCACCUGGCCUGACUUUGGUGUGCCCGAGUCUCCUGCCUCUUUUCUCAACUUCCUGUUCAAGGUGCGAGAGUCAGGCUGUCUAAACUCAGAUCAAGGACCCGUCGUGGUCCACUGCAGCGCCGGCAUCGGUCGCUCCGGAACCUUCUGCCUUGUAGACACCUGCCUCCUGUUGAUGUCACUGCGGAAAGACCCGUCCUCGGUUCAGAUCAAGGAUGUCCUUCUGGAGAUGAGGCGGUACCGGAUGGGUCUGAUCCAAACAGCAGACCAGCUCCGAUUCUCCUACCUCGCCGUUAUAGAGGGUGCUAAGUGCAUCAUGGGAGACUCCUCUAUCCAGGAGUCAUGGAAGGAGUUGUCAAAUGAGGAAGACCCUCCCCCAGAGUUCACUCCUCCUCCAAGGCCACGCCCACCAAAGCCCCCUUACAAUGGACCCCAUUCCACACCGCAGUUUUUUCCUGAACAUGAGGUUAUCCAGGCCAACAACUUCCAAACACACAGAACCGCUCCUUCAGAACCGCAGCUUCGCAAACGGACAGUGGCGACGGUGGAGGCCUCGGCAACAGCGUCUCAGAAUACGGAAUUCGAGACGCCGACAAUGCCUGCGGACGAGCCUGGCGGUGCCGACGCUCCGAAGCCAAGCGACCAAGUCACAGCUAUGACAGAAGCUCCGCCCAAACCAUCACGUUCACCACCAGAGAAAAGGCCCGAGGGACAGUGGAGCCCCCUGCUGGCUAGCAUGUGUGUGUGCACCGCGCUGGUUCUGGGAGCGUACAUCUGUUACCGUGUUUGCUUUCACUGAGUUUCGCUCCCUCUCUCUUUGUCUCUCUUUCUUUCUCUCGCUUUCUCUCUCUCUCUUGCUCUCUAUCUAUCUAUCUAUCUGUCUAUCUAUCUUUAUCUGUCUUCCUGCUUCUCUUACUCUCUCUCUCUCUGUCCCUCCCUCUGUCUGUUAAUUUGAGGGUGGGCAAAUAAGUUCUGCUGGCCAGCCAGCUCUCUCUACCUCCUUUGAGAGAGAAGGAUUUAGGGGAAAAAAAGAGAGUAAGAGAUGAUGGAGAGGGACGGACACCUGCUGUCGAGCCCUUUUUCUGUUUGUUUCAAAUUUUUUCCCAUUUCCUUUCUCUAUGCAGUUUUGAGAAAGGGUGUAGAGAAAAGACUUUCUUAGCCAAACUGCUGUUAUAUCCUUUUACACGACACCCACCCACACACUCAGUCUGUCUGUUCGACAGCUCAGGGCCUCGCAUUUCAGGUGUCCCCCACAAUAUGACAUCCAGGUUUUACUUAUCCAAAAAAAAAAAAAAAAAACCCUUUUAUUAUUGCUGCAAUAAGCAAGGGAAUGUUUGUGUGUCUACUGUGUGUGUGUGUGUGUGUGUGUGUGUGUGUGUAUAUAGAGGAUGUCUGUUUUUGUGUCCAAAUAAUAGGUUGUGUGAAUACACAUUUGUGUCACAGUUAAAGUCAGCAUUUUUGAAAAUCAGUGCAGUUUGCGUACACCAUAACUGCCACACAUGGACUUCUGUGGCUUUGGCAGUCUGAUUAGUUUUGCCAAAUAUACAGUGUUUGUUUCCCUUCUGUAAGCUUCAGUGAUGCCUCAUGCAGAGCUCUGAAUUGUGUGUGUGUGUUUGAGUGAGCGAGGAGAGGAGGGACUGCUUUUGAGUCCACUCCGAAAGAAAUCUUGCCAGUCAUGAAAUAAAGGUUUAUGUUCUUCCUGCCCAUCUGCAAGGGCUCACGUUUGCACUUAGGCUUUUUUGAAAAAAGGAAACAUUGUGAUUUAAAUAUCCAAAUAUCUUGAUCAAAGAUAAGAUACCAGCGUGUCCAUCUUAAUCGUUGGCCUGGUUUUGCUUUAGCUCAUACAGAAACUCAGAAUUUUGGGGGGGGUUUCUCAACAUUGGUUUUGCUGCAUUUUUUUUUUUUAAACAUCUAGUCCAUUCGUCUUGUAAGCAUUUGAUCAACAUAUUCAGGGACCCUGACCUCAUUUGUAUGCUGUAGUCCAGCUCUCUGAAAGCUUUUCUGGCUCUGAUCCAUGUAAUGUUUUGAAAAGGGGCAUGAGGGAUGUUAAUAAAAUGUUAUUUCAAGGUUAUGACUCCGUAACCUUUGCAGGCCGCGUUUACGCACAACACCACCAGGUCCUUUAAUGAGUACUUGUCCCGGGCCAAAUCCCAGUUCGGCAUUUGCAAUCAUAGCAUAUUUGAGUUGGUUUAAAACUUUUUCUAACGCGUCGACUUCAAUGCAACUUAUAGCCACCAGGAGGCAGCAUUGAUGCAGGCUCUUCUGUAAAAGCGUUUUUAUAGGUGUUUGGCCGUCAUUUGCUCUUCAUGCUCCUUUACUAGCAAUACACAAAUCCAUCUAAAUGUCAGUGUGUCUUUAGAAAUGGCUGUUCUUGGGAUGCAGCUUGUAGUUUGCAAUGGCAGCUGUGACGUUUUGUUUCCGUCACAAAACGUCAUCACGGACAAACAAUUUAUUUUCUUCUUCUGCUUGAGAACGUAUGAUUUCCAAUUCCAAUUUUUUUUUUUUGGAGACAAAUUAUAGAUUUUAUGAAAGGAAUUUUGUCAUUUGUAUGCUUCAGCCUAAAAUUAACGAACAAAUGAAUAAAACAAAUUUGAUGAAACAUAGAGGGGGGGCUGAGAAAUGCUGGGAAUAACAUGCUUUAGUCAUCUCUGCAGUUGUUUGCUCAUCUGUGUGAAUUAAAAAAAAAAAAAAUCACUGAUUAUGAUGGUGAUGGAACGGAAAAUAUUAAAGCGGACAAUAAUGACAAUGGAAAUUGCAUGGAUUAAAGCAUUGGUUUAGACUUUCAAUUUUUUAUUUGUAUUUUUUUUUAUAUAUAUAAAUAUAUUUCUCUCAAUGUACUCAGUCUUUUGUAACUCUGCUGCCUCUUUCUAAUCAGACCAAUAAGACUUUUGAUUGUAUUUCACCUCUUUACUGGGAAAAAAACAACAAUUGUGCUCAUCCACUGCAGCUCUACCUUCGGUUUCGUGGUUUGAGUACUGAGGUCCAGUUUUAAUCUAGUCACCAUUACACACUGCCCAGUUCUUGUAUCAUGUCCUGAAUGUAAUACUUUCCUUCAUCGACAUCCUUUUGUCUUUACCUGUUAUAAUGGGUUGCUUUUGUAUUAUGUAUAUCACUUGUCUGUGAGUGUCUAUGCCAUUGUGUGAUUUAUUUUUGGAAUGGCAAAUUGGCAAAAUCUUAAAACAAAAAAAGUUCAUAUUGAAGGCCUUGCUGUUCUUGUUUCCAUUUGUUCCUCACCAUCUUUUUUUUUUUUUUUUUUUUUGCUAUUUUUUUUUUAAAAUCAUUGUCCUACUAUUUUUUGUUUGUUUGUUUUGUAAAAAAGGACUACUGCUUUGUUGUGGUUGGAUCUGAUUCACGUUGGCGAUUUCUGUUAUUUUUUUUUUUUAUGUUCAGACUGAAAGCCAAACAAAUGCUGUGGUAAUAAAAUCAUGCGUCUUA